AGGCAAAUUGGCCACGACAAACUCGGCAGGCCAGUAAUAUAUGCCUGUUUCGCGCAGGCUUCUACCAACAAAAAUACCGGCGAGGACACCGUUGCACACUGUGUACAGAUGCUCGAAAACACUAAGAAAACCGUUAAGAAGUCGGCCUCUGCCUGGGUUUUCGUCUUUGACUGCACUGUUCCUCCUUUGUACAUGCAUGUAGAAAAUGGACAUUUUCUCCCCCAAACAGGAAUGACGCUGCCCUGCUGCAAUCCAAAAUUGGGCCGACAAGUGAUGAAUGUGUUUGGCGACUACUACCCUGAACGUCUGGGUCAAGCCAUCAUUUUAAAUCAUUCAAAAUUGUUCUAUGGCAUUUGGAAGACGAUUCGUAAGUUUCUUGACCCCGUAACGGCUAGCAAGAUGGUGUUCCUGAAGAAAGACCAGAUGUCCGAAGGCCUUAGGGAGCGCUUUGACGAGGAGCUCGCCCAGUGGUUGGAGUCAGAGAUCAAUCUCAAUCGAGAAAUUACGGAGGAACAAAAGCGGUUUUGGGAAAAGCCAACACACAGUUCUCAUGAUCCCAGAGGUUGUCCGGCCUAUGUGCAGGAGUACAUCGAUACCUAUUCACACACGUCUGAAUAUCAACCCCACCCCAAUAUUGUCGACCUAGAGACUGGCAAGCUGCAGCGGGGUGUUGAACUCCCAAAAGUGCACCACCAUCACGAGAAAUUUGAUCCCAUAGACUACGGUAUUGAAGACGACAUGUCGGUGAAUAGUGAUAUCAGCAAUUUUUAA